AUGUCAUGGAUGAAGAGUGACUAUCGGCAAGCAACCAGUAAGCUGGCCAGUGAACUGGUUGUCAAUCGCAUUAAGCAGCGCUUGGGGUUAAGGCCGAAGGACAUUAUAUUCGCAAUACAAGAGAAGUAUAAUAUUGUUAUUGGCUAUCAGAAGGCAUGGCGCACCAAGGAGAUUGCAAUCGAUUGCGUAAUGGGGUCUUAUGAAGACUCUUACAAAGAACUCACAAUGUACUUGCAUGAGUUAAGGAUGGCGAACCCGGGGAAAGUGACUACCCUGCUUGUGAAUAAACAGACAAUGAGAUUCGAGAGAUGUUUUGUUGCGCUCGGACAGUGCGUCAAAAGUUUUCAAACAUCUCUGCAAAGGGUCUUGACCGUUGACGGGACGCAUCUAAAAGAUAAGUACAAAGGUGUUCUUUUCGUUACUACGGCUUUGGAUGGUGACAAUCAUAUCUUUCCAGUCACUUUUGGUAUCAGAGAAUCAAAGAACAACAGCAGUUGGAACUGGUUCCUUACAUACAUCAACGAUUCGUUAGGGGAUUGCCCUGGUCUUGUAAUCAUAUCAGACCGGCAUAAAGGUCUAAUGAAAAAAGUUCCACAGGUCUUCCAAACAGCAAUCCAUAGGUACUGUAUGUAUCAUAUAUACCGAAACUUGGUGGACACGUUUAAAGACAAGUCGUUAGAAAUCUACUAUUGGCAAGCUGCAAAGACUUAUAGGAAGGCUAAGUUCGAAAAAUUAAUGCAUGAUAUCGAACAUGCCAACCCCCCGGUACAUGCAUGGCUGAGGGAAAUAGGGUAUGAAAAGUGGACAUCUUCAUACUUUUCAGGAAAAAGAUUCAAUUUAGUCACUACAAAUAUAGCUGAGUGUGUUAUUGCUUUGUUCAACGAAGCAUGA